CAGGAAGGGCCAUCUCAUGGUGGCUCACCUUUGGAAAUGUCUGCCCUGGGCCGGCCCUUCCAGGUGGGGAUGCUCUAUGACUGCCGCACUGACUUCCUCAUUCCAGGAAUCACUCUGUGGGAUUUGGAAAACCUCAAGAAAGAUCUCAACAUUAAAUCACAGAAGAAAACACAAUUCAAGAUCAUCACAUCAGACUUUGAGAAAACCUCUGGCUUAAAUAUGACAACUUCACUUAAAGCGAGCUUCAUUAGUGGCUUGAUUGAGGUUGGUGGGUCUGCUAAGUACCUCAAUGACACCAAAUCAUCCAAACGACAGUCCAGGGUCACCCUGCACUACAGCACGACCACCAGAAUGGAGCAGCUCAGCUGGAACCACUUAGGGAAUCAGAACAUCGUCUAUCCAGAAGUGUUUGAGCAGAAAUCGGCCACCCAUGUUGUCAUCGCUGUAUUGUAUGGUGCGCAGGCUUUUUUUAUAUUUGAUCAAAACAACUCUAACGAUGAAGAGAGCAAAGAAAUCGAAGGAAAAUUAGAAAAGUUAAUUAAAAAAUAUAUUUCAAUAGAAAGAAAAGGAGAUUUAAAAAUGACAGGCAAAGAUAAGAAAAUGGCUGACCAUCUUAAAUGCACAUUCUAUGGUGAUUUAGUCUUUAAUAACAAUCCUACCAGCUUUCAGGACGCCAUGGAGAUAUACACCAUGUUGCCAACUCAACUUGGCAAAGAGGAUGAGCUUGCUGUGCCUGUCCAAGUCUGGUUGUACCCGCUGAAACAUUUUGAUUCACAGGCAGCUCAGCUUGUACGAGACAUCAGUGUGGCACUUGUGUCCAAAUCUCAGGAGGUCCUGGAGGAAUUAGAUGAGCACAUCAUGAGGUGUAAUGACAUCACAAUGGACAACUUUGUCAAUAACUUUUGUGAAAUUGGGAAAAAUGCAGAACAAUUCAAAUCAAUGCUUAAUCAAUAUAAAUGUAUUUUCCAAAAAGACCUUGCGAGGGUCUUGCCGGCUAUCAGAGGAGGCGGUACAAAUGAGAAAGAGCUGGUCAACAUUCUGAAGAAAAAGGAAGAGUCGCCAUUUAACAAGUGUGCUAUAAUAUCAUGGAUAGAUAAAAGAGAAAAGGAAAUCACCAUGCUUAGAAGUUUCUUUAAUCGAAUUAAAGAGAUCAAAGUUGAUAUUGUCAUAAAUAACUUGAAUACAUUAAUUUAUGACACUAAAAUAGAGAAUGUUGUCUGCUUGACUUUCACUUCACUCCAUGUGUGUCAGUCAUACAUGUCAGAAAUGGAACGCUAUCUUCAGGCUUCUUCUUGGCAGUCCUCAUAUCAUCUGUCAGAGCCAAAAGAAGACUUAAUCAUCCAGAAUUUCAGACAGCAUUCCCAGCGUUUCAUUGAGUUUGCUGAAAUUAACCAGAACAGCAAGACAACAAGAUUUCUGGUCCAUUGCAAGCAUGAUGUCGAAUAUCUUGGGGCAACAAUCUAUCUUUAUAAAUGUGGGCAUCUCAUCAACCGUAACUUUCAGCUUCCAUCCAGACCUGAACCUCUUGUGGUUGAUUCCCAAACAGAAGACAGUGUAACUCUAAAGUUGAGACCCCAAAGGUUUAACUCUGAAAACUUCAUAGCGGAGUACAAGUUAUCUGAAGAUAAAGAGUGGACGACUGUGAACAUACCAGAUGAAAAUGAACAGGUUACAAUUAAAACGUUACGUCCAGCUUCAACUUAUCAAUUCAGACACAGAGCCGUUUGUCAUGCUGGUGUGAGUCAGGCCAGCGAUACGAUUGAAGAGAGGACACUGCCCGUUAAAACAAAUAUGCGUAUAAUUGCAAUAAAACAGAAAAGUAAGCAAAUUAAAGAUGGAAAUCCUAAAAUUUUCCUUUUGCCUUUGACAUCAGAGUUAAUUAUAAAUGUGAAGAAGAUGGAGAUAUGCACCUUUAGAAACAGAACAUCUAACAAACCUAGAAAAACAAUUAUGGUUCUUGGAGCAACAGGUUCUGGCAAAUCCACCCUGAUCAACGGAAUGGUCAACUACAUCUUAGGUGUCCAGUGGGAGGAUGACUUCAGGUUCAAGGUAAUCCACGAAGAAACAUAUAGAAGUCAAGCUGAAAGCCAAACGUCUGCUGUCACUGUCUAUGAAAUGAACUACCAGGAUUGUUUCAAGGUCCCAUACUCCUUCACUAUAGUCGACACACCAGGUUUUGGAGACACCAGAGGAAUUCAGCAGGACAAACAAAUCACUGAGCAGAUACAAGAAUGUUUUUCAUCCACAAAGGGUGUCCAGCACAUUACCACAGUGUGCUUUGUGGUUCAGGCCUCCCAAGCUCGACUGACACACACACAGAAGUACAUCUUUGACUCCAUUUUGUCAAUUUUUGGUAAAGACAUUGCCAAUAACAUCCUGAUCCUGAUCACAUUUGCAGAUGGACAGCGUCCACCAGUUCUUGAUGCCAUCACGGAGUCUAACUUACUGUUCCUCAAAGAUGAGAAAGGGAACCCUUUAUUUUUCAAAUUUAAUAAUUCUGCCCUCUUUGCUAAUAAUGACAAGACUAAUAGCAAUGAUGAUCUGAUGUUUGACAAAAUGUUUUGGGACAUGGGUGCAAAGAGCAUGGAGAAGUUUUUUGAUUCUUUAUUGAAGAAUGAUGACAGAAGUUUAGUACUGACUAAAGAGGUGCUUGAAGAGCGCAGGCACUUGGAGGUGGCAGUGGAAGGAUUGCAACCUCAAAUCAAAGCUGGAUUGACAAAACUUGAAGAAAUGAGACGCACCCGUGACAUUUUAAAAAAGCACACUACUGACAUAGAGAGUAACAAGAACUUUGAGUAUGAAGUGGAGGAAACUGAGACGAUAAAAGAGAGCAUUGCAGGCACUGGCAAGUUCAUCACUAACUGUCAGAAGUGCAACGUCACCUGUCAUUAUCCGUGUAAGUUACCAAAUGAUGUGGAUAAGAUCAGAUGUGCUGCUAUGAAGGAGGGGGUCUGCACUAUUUGUCCUUUUCAGUGUGUGUGGACUAUUCACUCCAACCAACAGCAUAUAUUCAAAUACAAAACUAAAAGGGUCAAAAAGACAUACGAUGAGCUUAAGCAGAAAUAUGAAAAAGCAAAAGGGGAAAAGAUGACAACUAAACAAGUGUUUAAGCGGCUUAAGCAUGAACUGGAUGAUGUGAGAAACUUGAUUUACAAACUCCUUAAAGAGUCUCAUGAAAGUAUAAAACGACUUGAUGAAAUCGCCCUCAGACAAAACCCGCUCUCCACUCUAGAGUACAUUGACCUCCUCAUUCAGACUGAAAAACAAGAAGCAAAGACAGGAUGGAUGGAGCGAGUGAAGUCACUGCAGGACGUGAGGGAACAAGCAAUGAUAAUAGAAGCAAUCAGCAAUAAGGGAAAACUCCCACAAAGUGGCUCACCUUUGGAGAUGACCGCUCUGGGCCGACCCUUCCAGGUGGGGAUGCUCUAUGACAGUCACAAUGACUCCCUCAUUCCAGGUGUCACUCUGUGGGAUUUGGAAAACCUCAUUAAAAACCUCAACAUUAAACCACAGAAGAAAACACAAUUCAAGGUCAUCACGUCAUACUCCUUAGAUGAGAAAACCACUGGCUUAAAUACGACAGCCUCCCUUAAAGCGAGCUUCUUGUGUGGCUUGAUUGAGGUUGAUGGAGCUGCCAAGUACCUCAAUGACACCAAAUCAUCCAAACGACAGUCCAGGGUCACCCUGCACUACAGCACGAUCACCAGAAUGGAGCAGCUCAGCAUGAGCCACUUAGGGAAUUAG